AUGAGCCAUUCUGAGAGCAAUAACAACGUAAUUUAUAUCUCAAAGUCGUCAUCACCUGGUGGCUGCCACGUCAUCACCACACCGCUCAGUGAGAAGUUUGCCCCUGGCGGUCUCUCUUUCUCUGAUCUGCAAGGAUUUUCACUGGUCUCAAGUUUCCAUCUUCUUAUGGAUGCUAAACCAGUUAUAGUCAGUCUGGAGGCGCUGCGUGCUUACCAUUCAAUUGACAGGGCUCUUUAUGCUAUCCUCGUGACAGAACUUUGGCGUGAUCCCGUGGAAUCGUUGCAGAUUAUUGCCUUGUGGCUUUGGUUAGAGCAUGUGGGUUUUGGCAAGGUCAUAAGGAAGAUCUUGGCAUCUGCUUCGUUGUUCAUCAAUCAAACUGCUGAAGAGGCUAUUAUGUGCAUCAAGUGCAUAAAGGAUUCCCACUUCAUACAUUCAGCUGAAGCCACCGAUAUUCCUAUGACUCGUAGCAUCAUCGAGAAAGAGAUAUCACUUCGGUUUUUUAAUGAGAAUCGUGUGACUGCCUACCGUGAAAUAGACAGAAUCAUUAAUCAAGAUUGCCUCCACACUAUGCGAGACAUCACUGAAAAAGCCCUUCAUGGUAAUUCUGGUGAAAGUUCAUCAAGAAACUGGUUAUUAAAUCCAUUAAAUGCUGCUCAGAGUUCUACAUCAAAUUCUACUCUGAUGCCAUUUAAUGGUGGACAAAGUUCACGAUUAAACCAGAUGAUGAUUCUAUUGAAUGCUAAUGCUGCAGAAAGUUCAUCUAGAAAUCAGAUAAUGAUACCAUUAAAUCUUCUUCAAGGAUUUUCACUGGUCUCAAGUUUCCAUCUUCUUAUGGAUGCUAAACCAGUUAUAGUCAGUCUGGAGGCGCUGCGUGCUUACCAUUCAAUUGACAGGGCUCUUUAUGCUAUCCUCGUGACAGAACUUUGGCGUGAUCCCGUGGAAUCGUUGCAGAUUAUUGCCUUGUGGCUUUGGUUAGAGCAUGUGGGUUUUGGCAAGGUCAUAAGGAAGAUCUUGGCAUCUGCUUCGUUGUUCAUCAAUCAAACUGCUGAAGAGGCUAUUAUGUGCAUCAAGUGCAUAAAGGAUUCCCACAUCAUACAAUCCGCUGCAGCCACCGAUAUUCCUAUGACUCGUAGCAUCAUCGAGAAAGAGAUAUCACUUCGGUUUUUUAAUGAGAAUCGUGUGACUGCCUACCGUGAAAUAGACAGAAUCAUUAAUCAAGAUUGCCUCCACACUAUGCGAGACAUCACUGAAAAAGCCCUUCAUGGUAAUUCUGGUGAAAGUUCAUCAAGAAACUGGUUAUUAAAUCCAUUAAAUGCUGCUCAGAGUUCUACAUCAAAUUCUACUCUGAUGCCAUUUAAUGGUGGACAAAGUUCACGAUUAAACCAGAUGAUGAUUUCAUCCAAUGCUAAAAGUGCAGAAGGUUCAUAUAGAAACCAGAUGAUUCCCUUUAAUGCUUCUCGACACUCUUUAUCAAAUCCCAUUGUGAUGCCAUUCAAUGGUGGGCCAAGUUCAGGAUAUAACCAGAUGAUGAUUCCAUUGAAUGCUAAUGCUGCAGAAAGUUCAUCUAGAAAUCAUAUAAUGAUACCAUUAAAUGAUGGUCGAAGAUCUUUAUCAAAUCCUACUGUGUUGCCAUUCAAUGGUAAACGAAGACCGGGGUCGAACAAAAUGAUGAUGUCACGUCAUUUCCACGAGUCCAUAAUCCCUAACUUCUCUUACAUGAGAGUUGGAAGGAAUGUAAAUGAGGUACUACCAGAAGACAGGACUAUGUUUGUAACAUUUUCUAGGGGUUAUCCUGUGGCUGAAAUGGAAGUUAGGCACUUCUUCACAACGGUCUAUGGGAAUUGCAUAGAGUCCUUCAGAAUGCAGGAUGUUAGACCUUACGAGCAACCGCUUUAUGCUCGAGUCGUGUUCCUUAAAGCCUCGUUUAUUCAGGAAAUUCUCAAUGGUUCGGAGAAGGCCAAAUUUACCAUCAAUGGAAAGCAUGCUUGGAUGCGCAAGUUUAUGCCAAGAAACGAGGGUUCCUCUUUAAUGGCGUUGGUGUGA